AAUUAUUUAUCAAACGUUUUUUUGAUUUCGAAUUUUCAAUUAUCACCGUCGAAAUUGACUGGAAAAUUUAUCUUGUUUGUCAGUAUUUACUAAUCGUUAACUUUUAAUUUUUCAUUUCAUAUUGUUGAUUCGUGCAACAAUUAAACCAUGAAAACUGUUUCUGAAAAUAACCGAAACAUUUUAGGACAAGACAAGAUGUCUAGCAUAAAAGGUACCAGAAAGUUAUUGCAAACAUUGCAGCCAUCAGGCGUCGACAAAGAAAAUUUGGUUGGAACUGGCAGAUUUCAUGAAACCAAUCCUGAUCCUAAAAUAUUGAAGCCACAGAUUAAGACUGAAGUAGAAGUUAAAUCCAAAGAAAAAAAGUCUGGUCUUGCAAAAAUAAAUCCAUCCCUCUACAAUAAGUUAAUUGUUGAAGAUCUCACUAGCACUGCUGGUCCUAGUGAAAAAUAUUGGCAAGUUAUUGCAGAACGGCGCAGAAAGGCUUUGGAAGAAGUUCUUGAACAAAAUCGUAAACUACAUAAUUUAGUUUUGACAUUAGAAGACGAAAACGCAUCUUGUAAAAAGUUACUGGAGCAAACAACUGAUCUCGUUAACACAUUAAAGGAUGUACUAAAUGAAGAUAUUAAACCAACUGAAGAUGAUGUUGAUGAUGGCAAUUUGUCAAUCGGCUCAAUGCAACCAAACAGCAACAAUGAUUUUUCCUGCAGUGAAUCUGAAUAAUUUUUAUUUACAUUAACAAAUCAUUCAUUUUUACAUAUUAUUCAACUAAUUUUUUUUUUUGUUCCUAUCAAGUAAUAAUUAAUUUUGAAUUAAACUUAAUCAUAUCAAUAUAUUUUUUUAAUAGAUAUCCAUUUUUGAGCGAUUAGUUUUUGUGUUUAUUAAAAUGAAAAUAAUCAUGAUUUGAUUAUUCUAUAAAUCUAAACUAAAUUGGUUUACAAUAUAUUAUAUAAAUGUCGAAAUAAUAAACUAAUUUUUAAAAAGUAA